AGAGAGGAGAGGAGAGGAGGAGGAGAGGAGAGGGAAGAAGAAGGUGAGCAGAGUGUUUAAUCCUGUCUUCAGUUCCCAGGUCUUCAGACCAUAGACAGUUGGUGAGGAGCACCACUGAGUAACAACAUGUUCUUUUAUUAUCUUUUUUACUAAUUCAAAGUUAAAGAAUUAUCUCUGCAGUAUAUCACAGUAACUGCAGAAACAUGUUUGUUACUGUGUAGAACGUCUGUGUGUGUGUGUGUGUGUGUCCGAUAACUGUCAGUCCUGAACCUGGUCCUGAUAAAAUCACUGUCUCUUUAGUUUCCCUCAGGCGUCCAAUCAGACCUUGCUGGACAAGUUCAAGCGUCAGCACGAAGGAAACAGUUACAUCGAGUUCCCCGCUGUCAUGGAGCCUGCCUUCAUCAUCAGACACUACGCUGGGAAAGUCAAGUAUGGAGUCAAGGACUUCAGGGAGAAGAACACCGACCACAUGCGUCCUGACAUUGUGGCCUUGCUGAAGAGCAGCAAGAACGCCUUCAUCUGCGGCCUGAUGGGAAUCGACCCUGUGGCCACUUUCCGCUGGGCCGUGCUGCGAGCUUACUUCAGGGCCAUGGUGGCUUUUAGGGAGGCGGGCUGCAGACACACCCACAAGAAGACAGGGAACGACGCACCUGUCCCCUGCACCGUGGUCAAAUCUGUCAACAGCUUCAGUUUCCUGCACCACCCUGUUCACCAGAGGAGCCUGGAGAUCCUCCAGAGAUGCAAAGAUGAGAAAUACAGUAUCACAAGGAAAAACCCCAGAACUCCUCUGUCCGACCUUCAAGGCACCAACACCAUGAAUGAGAAGGCCACCUGGGAUGGCUACGGCCUUGGCUGUAAUGGUCGCAGCUCCAGGUCCAGUCGUCUGUCCUCCACAGGAAGUCCCGCCCUGGAAGAGGAUGGCAUCUUCCUCAACACUACCAACAGCAAACUCCUGGAAAGAGCUCAGGGAAUCCUGAUGAGAAACAAAAACAGCAAAAGCAAGUCGACACUCCCCAAGCAUCUGUUGGACGUGAAGUCUUUGCGUCACCUGAGCAGCGUGACUCUCCACGACCGCAUCACCAAGUCUCUGCUUCACCUGCACAAGAAGAAGAAACCUCCCAGCAUCAGUGCGCAGUUCCAGGCGUCCCUCAAUAAACUGAUGGAGACUCUGGAUCAGUCGGAGCCAUAUUUUGUGAAAUGCAUUCGAUCCAAUGCUGAGAAGCUGCCGCUGCGCUUCAACGACAGUCUGGUGCUCAGACAGCUCAGAUACACAGGAAUGCUGGAGACCGUCCGCAUCCGACAGUCGGGAUACAGCAUCAAAUACACGUUCCAGGACUUUGUGCAUCACUUCCAUGUGCUGCUGCCUCGAGGCAUGAGCCCAACCAAGUCUGCUAUCAGGGACUUCUUCAGAAAAGUGCACCUGCCACCUGCUGGAUAUCAAGUGGGCAGCACCAUGGUGUUUCUGCGGGAGGCGGAGCGUCAGCGGCUUCAGACGCUCCUCCAUCAGGAGGUCCUGCGACGGAUCGUCACACUGCAGCGUCGCUUCAGGGCCAUGCUGGAGAGAAAGCACUUUGUCAACAUGAGACGAUCUGCUUCUACCAUUCAGUGUUGGUGGCGCUGCUGUCUGCUCAAGCAGUCCGCCAUUGACUCCGCUAUAGAGGAGGAGGCCGCUGUUUGUCUGCAGGCGGCCUGGAAGAGCUACGUGCAGCGCAGGAAGUUCCUGCAGUGGCGAGAAUCUGCCGUCGUCAUCCAGAGGAGUUGGAGGAGCUGCCGUCAGCGCAGGUGGACGGCAGCGGUGACGCUCCAAACGGCCUGGAGACGAUUCAGAGAGAGGAGUCUCUACUGUCGGACAGUCAGGACCGUGAGGCAGCUGCAGGCCGUGGGCAGAGGACACCUGGCUCGGCUGAGGUUCAGAGACCUAAAGGAGCAGCAUGAAAGUCUGAGGGAUGUGGUGAUAGACCACCAAACCAUGGAGGAGGUCACAGAGGUGACACAGGAACCUUGUGCCCAGGACUUUUCAGAACAUUCCAGUGCCGUCAUGUUGGACGCAGGAGAGACAGAAAAAGAAGAGGAGUCGGAGCGGAGCAGGAGCGUCGACGAGAACAGCCACAAGAACCGAUCGAAGCGAAAGAGCAGACGGAUGAGGGAGCUGGAGCAGGCUCAGUUCAGCUUAGAGCUGCUGAAGGUCCGCAGCAACAGCAUGGGAGGUUCCGUGCACGAGGAUUCAGUCUUGGAGAGCAGCGGUUCUCAGAUGGAGGAACACCACAGCCGUUCUCCUCCAGGAUCUCCAGCCAGUCGUGGCAAUUCUGAACUUUUCAGUGAAGAAACUAUGGAGACUGGAGGCUCCGUAGGUUCGACUGCUCCUCAACAGAUACAGUCUGAAGAUGGAGACGGUCACCUUCACGGGGGUCUGCGAGAUGCCAACCACAAUGAAAAGCCAAUGAUGGAAGCUCCCAGGGCAACUUUUUACAUCGCUUCUGACCAAAGUCCAAUCCAUGAGCCAAAAUUAGAAAGCCCCAGAAAAUCCCACAAAGAUCGAAGACAGUCCACGUCCAGGAGACCUGUCGUGGUUCUGAUCAGUAUGCAGAAGGAGAGCCCUGUGGAUGAGGUGAAGCUGCUGGCAGAGCAAACACAAGAAGGAGGAGCUCUUCAAGGUGGAACCUCAGCUCCAGAGCCCAGCAGCACAGUGGCUGCAGGCCUGGAGGUGGCGUCAGAAAACACAUCUGCUGCAGGACCUGUUACACAGGCCGGGGGAGAAGGUCUAGAUGAAAGCUCAGCCGCUGAUGGUCCCAGUCCAGAUGUUUGUUCCUCAGAAGUGGACAUCAAGAUCACCAUGAAGGCCAAGCCCUCAGGUCGGCAGGGAAAGACUGUGUCCAAACCAGCGCAGGGUGUUCCCAGUCCAGUCCUGGACACCAAACCCCCCAAAGCUCAGAAGAAAAGCUCCGCCCAGUCUGUGAUUGUCAACAUGGUGGAGAAACCGCCCAGCAUGGUUUUCUCGCCACCACGACGCAAACUACCGUUUUCCAAAUCGGACAAGGAUUUGGUGAAUCAUGAACGAUCGUUCUCCAUGUUUAGAGACUACUCUAAAACAUCUGGAUUCUCGAACUCAGAGGUGGGGCGUCCGGGCCCUAAAAAGAAAGCACGAAUGUCCCGGACUCGCUCCGACUUCCUCACCCGCUGUAACUCUGAGGGAGCGACACAGUCCGACGACGACGACGACGAAUACUACGUCCCCUCCCACUCGUGCACGCUGCCCCACUCCCUGUCUCCCUUACACACCCACCCCGAAGCCGACUGUCACAGUGACUCCGAGAUGUCUCAUAAAGACCAGAAGAAGAUUCAUAAGACCAUGUCAUCAGGAGACCUGGGCAAGGUGGACGUCCUCAGGAAAACGCCCAGUCAAGACGGAAGCAGGAGGAGAGGGAAGAUGCGAUUUUGGGGUAAACCCAAGCAAGGAGAGAAAAAACUGUCCAAAGAAAAGCAGACGAGCAGAAGCGAAUCAACGGAAACAUGUGAAGACCUGUCUCCUCCUCACAGUCCUGACCUGGAGGAGGCGUCCUCUCAGAGCGUCAGGGACAGUAAAGAGAACAAGGAGCCAUCUCCUAAAAUGAGGCGACGUCGCAGUGUGAAGAUCAGCAGCAUUGCUCUGGAACCCGCCCAGUGGCAGAACGACGCACUGCACAUCCUCACGUCAGCCCAUGACUUCCGCAGCAUGAACGACUUUCUCUUGAAGAAGAUUGCUGACCUUGACUCUGAAGACAGCAAGAAGGACACCAUGGUUGACGUGGUCUUCAAAAAGGCACUGAAGGAGUUCAGGAUCAACAUCUUCAACUCCUACUCCACUGCUCUGGCUAUGGAUGAUGGGAAGAGCAUCCGUUACAAGGAUCUCUAUGCCCUGUUCGAGCACAUCCUGGAGAAGACCAUGCGUCUGGAGCAGAGAGACUGGAGCGAGUCGCCCGUCAAAGUGUGGGUCAACACGUUCAAGGUGUUCCUGGAUGAGUUCAUGACAGAGUUUAAGCCCAUGGAGGGGACCGUCGGAAGGGCUCUAAAACGAGAACGCAAGAAGUCGAGGAAGAAAGACACAGACGUUGUGGAGGAACACAAUGGUCACAUCUUCAAGUCCACCCAGUACAGCAUCCCCACCUACUGCGAGUACUGCUCCUCUCUGAUCUGGAUGAUGGACCGAGCCUGCGUCUGCAAACUGUGCCGUUACGCCUGCCACAGAAAAUGCUGCUCCAGGAUGACAUCCAAGUGCAGUAAAAAGUUUGAUCCAGAGCUGUCGUCUCGGCAGUUUGGCGUAGAGCUGUCCCGGCUGACCAGCGAGGAGCGGGCGGUGCCUCAGCUGGUGGAAAAACUCAUCAACUACAUUGAGAUGCACGGCCUCUACACAGAGGGGAUCUACAGGAAGUCGGGCUCCACCAAUAAGAUUAAAGAACUGCGUCAGGGUCUGGACACAGAUGUGAACAGUGUGAAUCUGGACGACUACAACAUCCACGUCAUUGCCAGUGUUCUCAAACAGUGGCUGCGGGACCUGCCCAGCCCUCUGAUGACCUUUGAACUGUACGAGGAAUUCCUGAGAGCCAUGGGUCAGCCAGACAAGCGGGAGGUGAUCCGAGGGGUGUACUCGGUCAUCGACCAGCUGAGCAGGACACACUUGAGCACACUGGAGCGCCUCAUUUUCCAUCUGGUCAGGAUUACACUGCAGGAGGAGACCAACAGGAUGUCAGCCAACGCUCUUGCCAUCGUGUUUGCCCCCUGCGUCCUGCGUUGCCCUGACUCCAUUGACCCUCUGCAGAGUGUCCAAGACAUCAGCAAAACUACCGCGUGUGUGGAGCUCCUCGUCAACGAGCAGAUGAGAAAAUACCGAGCUCGGCUGAAGGACAUCAGCAGCCUAGAGUUCGCUGAGAGCAAAGCCAAGAGCAGACUGACCCACAUCAGGAGGUCCAUGAAACCAGUACUAAUUGCUGUUAGGUUCAUGAGCAUUACCCGCACUGCCACCCCGAGCAAAAGCCGCGUUCGACAAUGCAACCCCCACUCGUUCUCGCCUCCUCACAGCCCCAGAGCGCCCCCUGAGUUGGAUGCAGAAAGUGCCGGAGGAGGAAGUGGAGAGGACGCUCCAGAGUCGGGGCUGAACGAGCAGCAGCAGCUGGAGAUGCAGCAGGAGGAGCGGAUCCUCACCGAGCAGAUCGAGAGCCUGCAGAAGGAGAAGGAAGAGCUGACGUACGAGAUGUUGAUCUUGGAGCCUCGGGUGUCUGAUGACGAAACUCCUGAAUCUGAGGCUUCCAUCGGGACAGCAGACAGCUCUGAAAACAUAACCAUGGAGACCAUAGGAGCCGCCUCCAACGCCUCAGAACACGGCACUUACCGCUCUAGGAAGUUGGAGACAAAAAGCAGACGAGCGCUCCGUCGUCAGCCAGACUCCCAGGACUCGGCAGAUUCCACCUCCACCAUCUCCUCCUCCUACCACCCGUCCUCCUCUCUCUCCUCCUCUAACGCCUCUGCCUCUCCAUCCCCUCACUACCGGUUCCGCUCCUCUUCUUCGGGGCCCCUGCUCACUUCCUGUGGUUUGGGGGCCCCGCUGGCUGAGGCAGAGAUGGGUCACAGAUCCGGUAAGAUCCAGCCCAGACUCAGACUGAGCCGCAGCUCACCACGAGAGCCCUCUGCCUCUCACCGCAGGGAGUCGGACUUCAGCUCGGGGCCGCAGCAGCUGGUUCUGUAUGGCAGCAACGAGUUCAUGGUUUGAAGCAGAGGAGGACAAAAAAUAACGCCG